CUUCCCCUCGUCAGAAGUAAAUGCGAUUUCAAUGGUCUGUUUCCUCCCCAAAUGAAAAGCCCAAGUUUACAGGCGACAUCCAGACCUACGCUGCGUAAAUUCGCACAUAAAAGACGUAUUUAUCCUGUUCGGAAUAUCCCUGUUGCACUGGCGUAUCUCGCGGUGUAACCCGUCCUAUCGGGAAUCGAUCAGGGGAAAAAGGGACGGGUGGAAGCGGGGGCUGUUACAGGCAUGGUUUUUGGAGCCUGCUGAGUUUGACAUGGCGGAGCAGAGACACGAUACACUGCGGCUUCUAGACGUGGAGUUCGCGAAAGAUCAUAGCGUUGAGGACCCUGAGCUGGAGGCCAUUAAAGCCCGGGUGCUGGAGAUGGAGGAGGAGGCGGACAAGCUGAGAGAGGUGCAGUACGACCCGGAGAAGCAGCUUCUCUGUAGUCCCCAGGCAGGGUUGUUCUACACUAUGACACAUGAAGAGAGGGUGGAUGCUGACAACAGAUCGGUCUACGUAGGCAAUGUGGACUAUGGAGCAACAGCGGAUGAGCUGGAAAUCCAUUUCAAUGGCUGCGGCCCUGUCAAUCGAGUGACCAUUCUGUGUGACAGAUUCACUGGCCAUCCUAAAGGGUUUGCAUAUAUCGAGUUUUCGGACAGGGACUCUGUGCGGACAGCUAUGACCCUGGAUGAGACCCUCUUCAGGGGCAGAGUCAUAAAGGUGUUGCCGAAAAGGACGAACAUGCCUGGCAUCAGCACCACCGACAGAGGGAGCCUUCGAGGGGGGCGAUCUCGCGGACGAGGUUUCCGGGCGUCCAGAUUCAAUGGUUUUCAGGGCAGGUAUCGCUGCCGUUCCACCAGGUCGGCUCUGCCACGCCCCUACGCCCCACCAUCUGGGAAGAGGCCCUGGGGAGCCCCGGAGCACCGUGAACAGGGAGCCAAACGGCACUCCUGCCUCCUGCUGAUAACCCCGCCUACUGACGACUCCGGCCCUGGCCCCAGCAGAACUCAACACCAGCAUCAGCCCUGACCGACCUCAGAAAGGAGGCUCUUGGAUGUUUCAGUGUUUUAUUCGCCCAUCGAAGUAAGUGUGAGCUCAGAUGGCCAGCUGCUUUGUCCCAUACUCUCUCACUCUCUCUCGGUUUAAAUCAAGUCAAAGCUGUGUAGACCUCCACUUGAACGCAAUGCCUGCCUGUUCUGAGCUAAAAUGCGUUGAAUGUUGUUCAUUGAGUCUCUGAGGCGUGGGGAGAAAGCAAGGAAGCGAGCGAGCAAGCAAGCAAGCAAUCAAUCACGAAAGCAAGGAUUUAAGUUGUCUUCAGACUGAAACUGUGUACAGGACUUCCUGGACCUCGAGCCUGUCUGUAAAGCAUGAUCCAGUGACUUUUCCCACGCUGACAACCCAGCAACCCAAUAGUCAGUUUUUUUGAAAGUGAAUAAGUCAUUUACGUUGUUGUCAUUACAAAGGCGUUACUAUGAGAGACUACACCACUGCCUCCUCUUUUUCCUUGUUUUACAUCCUCCCAAAAUUCAUCCAUUUUUGUCUCUUUUCAGGAAGACUAGAAGUUCAGCCAUUGUUCUGGCCUUACCAAAACAUAAGUUUGUGGGGUGAAGAAAAUAAAGUAAAGAUGUUUUAUUUCUUGUGUGAACACAAGCACUCGUGGGUGUUACUGUACGAUCUCAGCAAAAAGAAUGCUGCAGAAUUUAGGAGCACAGCAUUGUCUCUUGGAGAGCAGGUAUAUCCAAAUUUAUCUCACUGGGCGUUUGGUAAAUUCAGUUAUGUAAACCAGGAGAUAAGUCUACUGUUUCAAUUUUGUGUUUACAUUGUAUUCUUUAAAAAAUUGAAAAAUAUCAGUAUUUAGAGGCAGUGGGGCAAUUGUGCCUUGGAGUUCAAGUGAUUGUCAGAUAUUUUUGUUUUGUUACUUUGUGAAGAGUGAUGUUCUGUGUUCAUAAAUUCAUUGUAUAUAUUUCAUACAGAAUUUCUUUACUGAAAAAUGUGAAUAAUAAAAAAUAAAACAG